AUGGAAGUGCCAAGCUCAUGGGACGCGCUUCGCAAGCAGGCAAGGAAAAUUGAAGCUCAGUUGGAUGAGCUGAUGCAUUCUUAUCGUAAGUUUGUCUCUGCGAAGGGUACUGCAAAAUUUGACACUGCAGAGAAUGAUCUUGAAUCUGGGAUAGAUAGACUAUUAAAGCAACUGCAACAAGUAAAUUCGCAAAUGCAAGCAUGGGUGUCAUCAGGAGGAUCAGAAAUGGUUUCUCAUACAUUGACUAGACAUCAAGAAAUUUUUCAAGAUCUCACUCAGGAGUUCUAUCGUCUCCGCUCCAGCUUUAGAGCUAAGCAAGAGCAUGCUUCACUCCUUGAGGAUUUUAGGGAGUUUGAUCGAACAAGAGUAGAUUUGGAAGAUGGUGUUGGCUCUGCAGAAAAUGCUCUCCUUAAAGAGCAUGCUGCUGUUAGUCGAAGUACAGGACAGAUGGAUACUGUAAUCUCUCAAGCCCAAGCAACACUCGGUACGCUUGUCCUUCAACGUUCAACUUUUGGUGGUAUUAAUUCAAAGCUCAGCAACAUUGGCAGCCGCCUUCCAUCGGUAAAUCACAUCCUCGCUGCUAUAAAGCGUAAAAAGUCCAUGGAUACCAUCAUUAUUUCUCUUGUCGCUUCCUCCGUGGCGGGGCGUGCCCAGUCGAAAGAGAUGGAAGCAUAG